AUGGAAGGUUCUAGAAGGAAUUGGCUCAUGAUCAUUAUUAUCAUGCUUUGUGGAAUGUUGUUAUAUCCAAAAUUUGUUCAAGCCACUGAUCAAGAUUCGCUAAACUCCGUUAUUUACGAUUAUGCAUCCAAGAACAUUCCGAAACCUCGUACGGGCAAAAUGUACGAGGUUUCUGAUCUCCCGUCAAACUUAUCCGGUAUAGAAGCUUCCAUCAUUCGUUUGCGAACUAGCCGGCUGUGGAAAAAUGGCAUAAAUUUCACCUCAUUCGAAAUCCCACCGAAAAUACUGCCACAGCCUUUUACAAGGAGAGUCGAUAUAGUGUAUCGAAACCUAGGAAACCGUUCGAGGAAUUAUUACGGUGUGCCUAAUCACACGUUAGUUGCUCCCGUGAUAGGAUUUCUUGCCUACGACUCCGACGCGGGCCCCACUAACCACGGCCGGCUCGUCCAGCUCAGCGUCCGUGGGGACCACGUUGAUGAUCACAUUAUCGUUCGGUUUAGGAAUAUUAUUUCGGUUGUGGGGAUGAAGUGUGUGAGGUUUGAUAGUAAUGGCACGUUCGGAUUGAGCGAGUUGACAGUGGAAAGUUCGUGUUUGGCGAGUGGCGAAGGGCAUUUUUCGGUUGUGGUUCCUAAUUACGAUCGGCUGGAUAAAAACGAGGAAAAAAGAGUGACAAUUAGUCGGUGGAUUAUUGGAUUAAUUUUAUCCGGGGUGAUGGGAUUAGUGUUUAUUAUUGGGGUUAUGGUGUACAGAUUGGUGAAAUGGAAAAAAGUUAAAGAAAUGGAGAAAAUGUCUGAAAGAAGUGAAGCAUUGGAUACAAUUUGGAUUGGCAAUAGCAAAAUGUUUUCAGCUUCAGGUAUUCGAACGCCACCUGUCAUCGAGAAUACUUACGUUCCUUGA